AAUAUAUUCAGACCAUCAUGAUGAUGGAGGAAUCUGUUCAACAUGUGGUCAUGACAGCCAUUCAGGAGUUGAUGAGUAAAGAGUCUCCGGUCACUGCUGGAAAUGAUGGUUAUGUUGAUCUUGACCGUCAGUUGAAGAAAACAACGGAAGAAUUAAAUGAAGCCUUAGCAACCAAAGAAGAAAUUGCUCAGAGAUGCCAUGAACUAGAUAUGCAAGUAGGCACAGUAUUUUGCUGUUAUUUGCAGUAUUGCAUGAAUCAGGGAAAUGUAGUCUGUAGCCUUUCAGCUCUUUUUUUUAUGAACCUACAGCCACUGCUACAAUUGCAAUCUUAUGAGUUCAUUGUAGAAGUAACACUAGCAGAAUCCUUCAAAUUAGAAGCAGCAAAGGAUGAUUAUAGAAUUCGUUGUGAAGAGUUAGAAAAGGAAAUUGCAGACUUGCGGCAACAAAAUGAAGAAUUAACAAAUCUGGCUGAAGAAGCUCAGUCACUGAAAGAUGAGAUGGAUGUAUUAAGACACUCAUCUGAUAAAGUUGCCAAGUUAGAAAGUCAAGUAGAAUCGUACAAAAAGAAGCUAGAAGAUCUUGGGGAUCUACGGAGGCAAGUGAAACUUUUGGAAGAGAAAAACACAAUGUACAUGCAAAACACAGUGAGCUUGGAAGAAGAACUGAGGAAAGCCAAUGCAGCUCGCAGCCAAUUGGAAACAUAUAAGAGGCAGGUAGUUGAACUUCAAAACAGAUUGUCUGAAGAAUCCAAAAAAGCAGACAAACUAGAAUUCGAGUACAAGAUGCUGAAAGAAAAAGUAGAUAGUUUCCAAAAAGAAAAAGAUAGGCUAAGGACAGAGAGAGAUUCUUUAAAGGAAACCAUUGAAGAGAUUCGUUGUAUAAAAGCACAAGAAGGACAACUAACUACUUCAGGAUUAUUACCUUUGGAAGGUCAAGAAUCUUCUGACAGUUUAGCAGCAGAAAUUAUUACUCCAGAAAUAAAGGAAAAACUUAUUCGCCUUCAACAUGAAAACAAAGUGCUAAAACUUAAACAGGAGGUGUCUGACAACGAGAGGGUUGCUUUGCUGCAGAGUCUCUUGGAUGAUGCCAAUCUGAGAAAGAAUGAAUUAGAAACAGAGAACAGGCUUGUAAAUCAGAGAUUGCUUGAAGUACAGUCUCAGGUUGAAGAAUUACAGAAGUCUCUGCAGGAGCAAGGAUCAAAAGCUGAAGAUCAAUGUCCUCUAUAUUGGUCUGCCCUUGUAUUCGGUACAAGUUGCAUCAGCUAG